CGUCUGCGGCUGCCCACUCCGCGUCAUAACAGACAAGGGCAGAAAACGGAAAGAGAAGGCGAAAGGAAACCCGCAGGCCGUAGCAGUCGUUUCAACCUCUCUUCCUUCUUCUCGUUUCUUCCCUGCUCUCUUGCGUCCGCCGCCUCCCUCAACCGCCAAGCGCCGCCGAUGUCCGACGAGGCCCAGGUUUGGCAGAGAAUGACGGCGCUGAAGAGGGCUUACGCGGACAUUAUCUUCAACACGACAAAGGAGUCGGCGACUCGGAUUCUAGCCUCGGAGCGGAGGGCGCUCCAGCUGCAGCAGAACCUGUCGCUAGUUAAGGAAGAGUCGUUGGCGAUGCUUCUUCGUCUGAAGGCGAUCAUGGAGGCAAAGAUCACUGAAUCAGAAAAGGCAAACUUGUCUCAGGUAAAGAAGAUUCAAGAACUUGAAGUUGAACUCAGAGAAGCAAAUGAUACGAUACAUUAUCUUAAAUCGGAAGUAAGGAGACUGAAUUCUGAAUUGGACCAUAAGAGCGAUAUUGAAACCAAAUUUAUUGAUGAGAAAAAACCUGGUAGCAGUGUAAGUUGCAAGAAGUAUAAUAUUCGUGAGGACAUAUACAAAUCGGGUUCACGCCUUCACUCUCCAAAUGGGCUUAAAAUUAUAAAGAAUUCUAGCCGCUACUUCACCAAAGAUGUGACGAGACAUGAACCCAUGAAAAAUUUGGUCAGGUCGAAUCAUUACGGUGGCAAUCUGGACUUUGCAUCAGUGACACAAAGCAACAAAGAGCCAGAGUUUUAUCGCGAUGGUUGCAUUCAUAGGACACAAGCAUUUGAAGAAAUUCAUGAUCAGGAAUCAAAUUCAACAACAAUGUGUGUGAACAAGAAGGCUGAAGGAGCGCCCCCCAGGCGUAGCCGAGCUAGUAACCAUGUGGCAGAUUUGCAGCACAAGAAGGCUGAAAGGGCCUUUCCCCAAAAGUUUGGUACCACCAAAAAAAGGUUAAGAAGAAAUACGAGACAACGAAAAUUCCUUACGUGGCCCACAAGUUCUGAUACCCUUCAUGACAUGCUGCCUCGAGGAUUAUUAAAGUCUAGUUAUUCCAUGGUUAGGCAAAGUGAUCCAGAUCGAUCUGCUGAAAAUAUGCAUAGGAAUGGCAGAACAGCUUCUCCAGAUUGUUCAGCACAAAUGCCUGGAGAGGACCAGGAAUCAGAAGAAAAUCGGAAGACUAACUUGAACAGAUCUUUCAGGAAAAAGAACUUGGGGCUUUCCAAUGGCAGUGGAGUAAUGGCAAGUGGAACCAUCCUAAAGCCGUGCAACUCUUCGAGCAGCGGAACCACUUGCCAAGAAAAUGGUCUAAAAGAACCACUCAUGAUGAAUGCAAGAGUGUUGAUUGAUGAUUCUGUUUCAGAUGAUGAUGGUAAAAAUAGCAGAACUACAGAACAGAAAAUGCCAGCAAAAUCAUAUUGUAAUUUAGAACAGAAUCUUGAUACUUCUGCAACAAAGGAAGAAACAACUAAUGCACCACCAAGUGAUCAUCAAGAUGAACCUUGCAAACCAACUGAAUCUGAUGUAGUUGAAGGUGCCAAAUUACUCAAAUACACUUUUCAGAGGAAGCGGAAGAGGGGAUGCAUGGAUAGCAAAGUUGGUUCCAAAUUCCUGGAGGAAAAAAUGUCUAAGAAAAAUGUUGACAAAGGUAAUGUGGAAAACUUGUCUCCAAGGGAUAUGGAUAAAGAAAAUGAGGAGAAUGUGUCCACAAGAAAAAUGGACAACGAUAACGUUUUGGUGGAGAACCACAAAUCUAGCAUGGUAGUGGAAUCAUCUAGAGACAGCAGGAGGAUGGCACAGGUUGCUCGUCAGCUCAUUUCCCUGUCUGAGAGGAGAUGGUGGUAGAUCUAAUGUUUUAUCCAAAAUGAAGCUAAUCUUCGAUGAGGACAGAGGCCAGUUAUUCAUCCUGCAGAUUCCAUAUUCAAUAUCCAUGCGACCACCUUCAAGUAUGUAUCUUUACUUCGAUAAAAUAAAGAAUCGCAACUGAAUGAGCAAAAAGAAGAGACAAAAAAAACUGCUUUAUAUUUAAGAAACAUUUACAUUUCCCUCUUCUGUUAGCUAUUUCUACUUAACUGGCAAAGCCUCACUUCAUUGAUCAACAAAUUAUUUCUUCCUUUGGUUUUAGUUUCUAGUUAUGCUCAAACAUUGGCUUUGCCAAAACUCUAAGAAAAGAAACACAAUUAGCAUAUUCUACUGAA